AUGGACUUCGAGACCAUGCGGCGCCUUCGGGAGUCCGACCCGGCCAAGUUCACCGACAUCGGGCGCUCGAAGAACAAGGGCGGGGUUCGACUCGCUGGGGUCAAUCCCGGGGGUCAACAGGUUCCAAACGCGAGGCUCGCGUCGGAGGUUCGGACGGGACCGCCGCCCGACGAUGACCCGCUGGCGCGCGUUCCGGGGUACUACGAGACGGGCCCGAGCAAGGACCCGGCGUCGUUCAACUACGUGCCCGCGCACAAGCGCCAGUCCCCCGCGCGGACGCCGGGAACCGGCGCGCGACGGCCCGCGCCCGACCUGAAUUCACCAUCGUCAGCAGGUGGGGCCGCGCCAAAGGGCCAACUCGCGGCGAUGUACGCCGCGGACGACGAGUUCAACGAGGACCGGAUGACGUACACGCGAGAGUUCGCCGGCCAGAAGAGGUGCGCGGAGUGCAACAAGUGGGGCGUGCGGUCGCAGUGGGCGCCGAGCGAGUGGGCCAAGGAGGGCGACGUCUACAGGCACUGCAAGCGGUGCGCGCCCUCCAAGAUGGCCUCGGCGGGAAAAUUCGCGCUCGCCGCUCAAGCGAUCGCGACGCCGCCGCCGAAGCUCAAGGACGACCGCGUAUCGUCCACGUCCACGUCGACGCUGCGCAAGUCCAAGACGGACAAUGCCGUCGCGAGGGCGGACGCCGCGGACAAGAAGAAGGGCGCGAGGGCCAAGAAGCAAUCAGCAUCCAAGCUGCCCGAGAUUCGACGCUCCAGCCUGUUCCCCGAGGGAUACUCCGUGGCGGUGCAGAUGAAGUCGAAGUUUCGCGAGGAGGACGCGCAGCGCGCGGCAGUACCGCCGCGCAAGCCCCUGACGCUGGACGAGUUCAAGCAGACCAAGGAGUACCGCGACGUCCUCGAAUCGGACGAGCUCGUGGCUAAGACGCUGAAGGAGGUGCGAGAACGGGAGGAACGCACGCGACGGGAGAUUGACGAGCUCAAGAAGAAACGACUCGAGCAGCGCAAAGUUCACGCGGACACCGUGGACGCCAUCAGGGCCGAGGCGGACGGGAAACUCAGGGGCGCCGGGCCGCUGAACCUCCUCAAGAGCCGAGCGGCGGCGGCGGGCGGGGGGAGGUCCUCGUCGCAGUCGCCGUCGCCGGGCUCGGGUGGGUCCGGCGAUUAUCAUUCGUCGCUUCGCAAGGGCGAGUCGCCGGAGGAGCGCGCGGACAGGCUGGCGGCGGAGGAGGUGCACGCGCGCCUCAGCGCCGGCGCGGACCCGUCGCGCGGACCCGUCUACGACCAGACGUCCGCGCGAUCUCCCGCGGGGCGGCUGACGACGGAUGCGAACUCGUCGGAAGCGAGGCGCCGCCGCGGGGAGGACUCCGCCGACCGAUCGCGACAGGAGUUUGCGCGGAAGAUCCACGCCGUCGAGGCGUCAGCGCCGAACGGGCGCGAGUCGUUCGACGCGGUGUACGAGGCGAUCGAGUCCCCGGAGGUUCAGAAGAAGAUCUCCCCGCCCAAUCCCGAUCCUCCUCGAACGAAUUCGUUUGGCGUUUCGUCCUCGCCGGGCGCCAACCUGAGGCCGAGGGCGCUCGACGCGUCCGGGGGGUACGACUCGAGCCCGGACUCGCUCAACGGUAGCCACCGCUCACCCGGCCGCGUCAGCUUCGAGGACGAGGCCGUCACCCCGAACACCAAGGCUGCGCUCCUCGCCAAGGCGCGGAACCUCCUCGCCGAGGCCAAGGCUCCGGAGCAGCGCAAAAAGAUGAACGAGGCGGUGUCCGUGUGGACGGAAGCCUCGCGCGGCAUGCUCCCCGCGAUCAACCCGCUGGAUUCGCGGCGGGGGAUACUCAAGACGCCGUCGAGCGGCACCGGGUCCCUCGGCCUCGGUGACUCGCCGCCCAAGGAGGAGUAUUACUGCGCGAGGUGCGGCGUGAAGCAGGCGGAUCCCUUUGCAAACUUUUGCGCGGGAUGCGGCGCCCCGCUCGAUAACUCCAACUCGCUGCACAAGGCGUCGAGGGACGGGCACCUGCCGGUGAACAAGAAGAAGAUGACCGCGGACGACGUCAAGCUGCCGGUGGGGCCGGGCGGGCGGCAGCUCAGCUACCGCGGCUCGAUCGAGAAGGAGCUCCGCGAGCGAGCCGAAGCCGCCGCGAGCGAGAAGAAAAAUACUUUUUCGCUGAAGGACGGGAGCAAGUGGAAGAUCGCUCAGGACCACUACAACGCCGGCGACGCCUUUCACAACGCCCAUCGUUUGCCAAACUACCUCGCCGCCACGGACGAGCACGACGAAAUCUAUCGCGACGGCGACGACGAGAUAUUCCAGACGGCUAACAAGUACGGGUAUUCCUUGGACAUGUACGGCCCUCAGAAGAAGACCAAGAAGCGCGUGCCGAGGUCGCCGCAGACGUACCACCGCAUGCACUCCAAGGCGUUCGGCACCUACCUCUACGUUGACAGGUGGGGCGAGACGGGCGCGGAGGAGCGGGUCGACAGGAUACAGCACUCGGAGAAGCGACGGUGCGCCAUGUGCGGCUUAUUCGGUAAGCAGAUCCGCUUCAGCGACAGAGAAUGGGACGCCGCGCAGCCCAAGUGCCGGUCCUGCGAGGUGGCGCCGAGAGACGCCUUCACUGGGCCGAAGCUCCCGCGCGCCAAGCACUUCAUGCGACCCACCGCCGCGCACAGCAAUUUCGCCGGAGCGCUGGACGACGACAACUACUCGGAGGAUAACUUUUACGCAGAUCUUCACGGCUCCAGAUCCGUCGGCGGGGGGAGUGCGCGGUUCGAGCGGGAGAGGGACCCCUUCGACGACCUACCCUCCGCGGGCAGGCCGAAGCCCAGGCCAAUCUCCGCCAAGGAGAGGCCGGAGUGGAACACCUCGAUCGUCUCCAAGCGGGGUUUCCACGAGAAUACGUUCAAGUCGGCGACGAGUUCACGUGUGAAUCCGCAGUGGAACAAGUCCUCGGAGGUUACGCCGGCUACGUCGAGGAAGGCUCCGGUUGAGCAGCUGAUCGAUUUCGACGGCGCGCCUCGGAGCAAGAGGGACUCCCCGGGCGCGGUGGACGGCCCGCAGAGCCCCGGGGCGGGGCUCUGGUACGGCAGCAGCGCGUCCACGCCGGCUAAGGCGUACCAGGUGCUGGUGGACGCGUGCAAGCUCAAGGAGGAGGAUUGCUUCCUCUACCUCUCCAAACGGUUCGGUCGAUACAGCGAGGCGUCCCGGGGGCGAGAAGCCAGGGGCGAGGCCUUGGCGCACUUCAAGGAGUUUCUCCAGAAAGCCGAGAGCAAGGGUUUGGUGCCGGAUUGGUGGUCCGAGGAGAACACCGCCGAGCUGUGCAGGGCGUCGCAGAUGCCCAACUCGCCGUAUUACCUCAAGCUCAUCAAGUUCGGCGAGCCGAUGACGACGACGACGGAGAUCGCCGCGCGUUGGGGUCUCGCGGGAACCGAAUCCCUCCGCGACCUCCACUUUGACAUCGACCCGGCGCCGUGGGCGGGGUAUCGCGCGCCCACCCCGCCGGACGAGCGGCAAUACGCGUUUAAAUCUGGCGAGACGCCUUUGGAUCAGAAAAUCAUGGAGGUGCUCGGCAAGGCGCCGAGCGGGGCGAGAAAGGACGCGGCGAAAUCGCACCGGCCGAAGUGGGAGUACGACCAGCCCCUCUACGAUCAGUACGGCAACCCGAUCUCGCGCGACGAGGACGGCGAGGAGUACGGCGACGAGGACGGGGAGUACUCGGAGGGGGGUACCUUUUACCCCUUCGAUGAAGACGACGACGGGGAAUACUCGGAAGGCGGCACCUUCUACCCCUUCGAGGACCCUUACGACGACUACGAGGCGGCGUCCAUCGCGCGCGUCCCGUCGGAGCAUCCCGAUCACCCGGCACCCCGGCCGCGGGGACCCGCCGAACCCGUGCACGUAUCGGACGACGGGUUCAUCGCCGGCAUGGGCAUGAAGCAGGCUCCGCCCCUGGGCACCCCUGGGCACCCCGACAAGUCCCCCGCGGGCAAGGGGCCGACGAGGUCGCCGCAGCCGCCUUCCGACGCGGACUUACUCCAGAUCGGCAUCGACGCGUCCACGAUGACCGCCGAGGAGAAGAACGCGCUGGGUCUGGACGGCUCGGACCCCGUCAAGGCUGCCGCGCUGGCCGAGGCCAUCGAGCGUCUCCGAGUCGAGUCCGGAUCCUCUCCGGGUGCGGAAAAACCGACCCAAGGGGACGCGACGGGCGGCGGGAAGAUCAAGAUCAAGGAGUGGGGCGGCGAGGACGCCGAGCCGACGAGCGAGCGAAAGAAGAAGGCCGCCGCUGUGUGGGACGACAUCUCGGAGUCCGACGAGGAAGACGACCGGCCCGAGAAGAGCGGGCGGUGGAAGCCCAAGGCGAUGCUCAUCGGUAAAAACUUUCUCGAGCAGCAGCUCGCCGAGCGCACGCACUGGGAGCCGCUGAAGCCCGGUUUCAUCCUCUCCGGCGCGCCGCCCACGCCCCCGAUGAAGUCUAAACAGGCGGAGAUGGCGCGCAAGUGGCGCAACAAGACGUCCGCCAAGAAGGGCGGGAAGGUUGACUACAAGGAGAUGGGCGUGAUGGCGCUGCUCGGCGUGGGCGGCAAAGGCGUGAAGCGCGACAAGCGGCUCAGCACGUUCAUGGCCGAGACUUCCUCUUCCAAGGGCAAGAAGGGCGAGAACGCGGGGGCGACCGCGGACGAGGUGAUGAAGGGCAAGGCGGUCGCCGGCGGCGGCGGCGGGUUCAAGAGGUUUGGGCAGGCUGUGCUCCAGCAAAACAACGCGGGCCCGGUGUCCGAAAACUACGUCUUUGCCCAGGGUGCCCACCAGGGUAGCCACGUCUCGUUCGCCGACGAGGCUGGCUCCACGCCCGUGUUGGACCUCACCACGAAAGCGGCCGCGCCUCUCGUGAACAACGCCCUCGUGCUCAGCGGCCGUAGCCGGUGGGGAACUUACGAGGAGGACGACGCCUACGCGGUUGCGGUCAAGUCGGCUCUGGGCGACAGAGGCGUCGAGGUGAGGGGCGGUCACAGGCGCGGCGGCAUGAACGUGUCCGUGGAAUCCCACCGCGCGGUCGUCCUCCUGGGCGUCGGGGGCGCGGGGACGGAUACCCUCGGGGAGUCGGCCAACUUUUUGACGGACGCUGAUUGGCUCCGAUCGCUUCUAGAAUUUGUCCGACGCGGCGGACGCCUGGUGCUCCAGGGCGACGGCGACGCCGCCGAGCGAAUGUUUGCCCUCUUCGGCCUCGAUACAUGGAGGUUCAGCCCGAACGGCCGCGAACGCGCGGACUUCAGAUGGAACCCCGCGUGCGUUAUAACGGCCGGGGACGGCGGCGCGCAUUGGCGCGGGUGGAACGGCGGCUUCAGGGUUUACAACGCGAGGUGCGCGCUGUUGACCGGGGUGGCGGCUUCCGAUCGCGUCUUUGUCCGUGGCGACGCGUUUGGGAGUAACGAAAUAUCGUCGGAUGGCGGCGAGGAUGAGGAGGCUUUUGUCGCGGUCGCCGCGGCGGCGUACGGGGACGGACUGGUGUGCUUCGUCGGGGACGAUAACGGGGAGGAGGAGUCGGUCGAUCUGGUGGCCAGGCUCGCGACGACGCCCAGAGUCGCGGGACGUUGA